GCGCAGGGUUGGGCGGUCAACCAAUGUCCUUGGAAAGCACAACAAAGCACUUGUUCACAGACACAGAACCGUCUCUGCGCGUGGGACGGGACGAAAGAGGGAGCCACCACAUCUAAAGCAGGUCACUAAUAAAGAGGUUAAUUUCGUUGCCCAGUUUAUUUCAACCUCUCUGGUCUACAUCUUUACGGAUACAAAGUAAACUUGCAAAACAACGGUGAUUUCGGCACUGCCUUAAGCGCCAACACCCGUCUGUUUUUCCCCUUCUACUUUCAGGUCCCUGCCAUCUUUGAGAGAUGUUUGAGAAGCAGCGUUACGACAGCCCUCCCGUCUACAGUCCUCCAUACAGCCCGGCCUCCAAUGGCUACGGCCCCCCACAAAGCUACCACCCGCCCAGGAGUGAGUUUGACCCCUACCCACCCCCACCGGGCUCCUACUACAUGGAAGAGAAGCCCCAACACUUCUACAAGUGGCUCUCUCCUCCUGGCAUCGUCAAGGCCAUGUUUGGCACCAUCAUAGUGCUCUGUGUGGGGAUCUUUGCCUGUGUGGCCUCCACGCUGGUCUGGGACAUGCAGUACGGGAUGGGGGGGAUGGGCUCCUACGGCGGAGGGAUGGGCUAUGGCGGUGGUUAUGGGGGAAUGGGCGGCGGUUAUGGCUCCAGCUACGGCUCUGGCUAUGGAGGAGGCUAUGGAGGAGGCUAUGGAGGAGGCUAUGGUAACUAUGGUAACUCCUACCCGACACCUUACUCGGCCAAAACCACCAUGAUAGCUAUGGCGGCCAUCAACUUCUUUGUGGCGCUGGGAUUCUUCGUGGCCAGUUUCUCUAAAUCGACCACGUUCAGGAGCAGGAAGUUCUUUCUGGUGGUUCUGGUGGUCAGCGUCAUCAUGGCUGUCAUCCAGGGCAUCAUCACCAUUGUGUACAUCGUGGGGGUGAACCCAAUGGCCCAGAGCUCUCAGAACAUGAUGUACAACCCCAUGCUGUUGAUGUGCCAGAACCUGUACGGAAGCAGCUAUUCUAAUAUGGGAGGAGUCGGGGGUUUCGGCAUGUAUAACCAGUACCUCUAUCACUACUGCUACGUGGACCCACAAGAGGGUGUAGCCAUGGUGUGUGGGUUCCUGGUUACCGCUGCGUUGGUCGUGGCUGCUUUCUUCUCACACAAAACCAGAGGCAAGAUCUGGCGCUACGGCAAGCCCAACAUCUACUGGGAACAGCCCCCUGAGACUGGAGGCCUAGUUUCUGAAGGCAGAGAUGUGAAGGACUGGGUUAACAAUGUGGAGGACGGACAAAGUACAGAGGAUGCACCUACCGUGGUGCUGUCAGAGAAGUCCGUCCCCCUCAAUGCCUCAGCCAAUAGCAUCAUCUCCUACCCAACCAAGGCUGACAGCAGGGUAUACACUGGAGACACUUACAACAACAAUGUGUAUUCGGAGCAUCUGGCUAGCCGUCCCUCGGACCAGCCCUCCCAGGGGGCCAGUUCCAGCCCCUCUGAGGAGGCAGGGGGGGUCAGGAAGCCCUCGGCCAAAAGGGGCAAGAGGAGCCGGCGCAACCCUGAGCUGGACGAAUCACAGUACGAAACCGAGUACACCACGGGAGGAGAGACUGGCAACGAACUGGACCCAGAGGAGUGGGAGAGCGUCUACCCAGAGAUAAUGUCAGACGGCCAGCGUCAGGAGUACAAGAGGGAGUUUGAUGCCGACCUGAGGGAGUACAAACACCUGUGUGCUGAGAUGGACGACAUCAGUGACCAGAUGAACAAACUCAGCAGGCAGCUGGACACACUGGACGAGACCUCCGCCCAGUACCAGGUUGUGGCAGAGGAAUAUAAUCGACUGAAAGACGUUAAGAGGACACCAGACUACCAGGCUAAGAAGUUGGAGUGUCGCAGGCUGAGACACAAACUGUUCCAUAUCAAACGUGUGGUCAAGGCCUACGACAAGAGCCUUUCUUAAAGGCACGCUCUCCCUCCAACCCAAUCCACCCCCUCCUCUGUUGUCAUGACAACACAACACUCCUGGACUAAGACUAUGCAGAACACUGAGAUUACGUAGAACGUUGAAAACCAAAGCUGCCUUCUUGGCACGCACACACACACACUGUGAACACACACACAUCCACAUCCCUGCAUGCACACAUGCUCAUACACACACAUUCAUCCAUCAAUAAAAAGGACGAAUAACAGAUCCACACACACACACCCGCACACCCACAAAAACACUCACACACAUGCACACACACACACACCCACACACACAA